AUGACUUCAGCAUAUAGUCAAGAGCAACUGUCACAGUUCCUCGAGCAUAUCAAUCUUCCUAAAGCGCUGCGAGAAGACAUUCGGCCUUCGUUGAUGCUCUUGAAAGCGUUGCACACUCACUCACUCGCUACAUUCCCGUAUGAAAACCUAUCUCUGCACUAUAAUGCGACUCAUAGCAUCGACCUCGAUCCUCAACAUCUUUUUCGAAAGAUGGUGACGGAUAAACGUGGCCGUGGCGGUUUCUGUAUGGAAAUUGCCAUCUUGUACAACCAUAUUCUUCGGGCUAUUGGAUUCGAUGCAUAUACUGCUGGGGUACGAACUCGGGGGAGACUUGAGGGCGUCCCGACUGGAGACUAUCCAGGCUGGAACCAUAUCGUGAAUAUCAUCACUUUCCCGGAUGACAGCAAAUACCAUUCUGACGUAGCAUUCGGAGGUGACGGCGCCACGAUGCCAAUGCCACUCAUCGACGACUUAGUACACGAGAACCUUGGAACCCAGCAAAUUCGACUCAAGAGAGAUUGGAUACCUCAUCAAGUCCACAAGACAGAAGAGACCAAACUCUGGAUCUAUCAGUAUCGGAACGGUCAAGACAAGGAGUGGAACUCUUUCUACUCGUUUCCAGGUAUCGAGUUCUUUGCUUUGGACUGGGACGUCGUCAACUGGUGGAUCAACACUCACGCGGAUAGCCAUCAGCUACGCAAUGUGUUGACUAUCAAGUUUCUGCUUCGACCUGUGGAGAGUGAGGCAAGCUUCGAAGGGGAGAUGGAGAUUUAUGGAAAGAGAAUGCUUGUGAAUGGGGUUGUUAAAGAGAACCUGGGCGGAAAGACACAGAUCAUCACCACUUGCAAUACAGAAGGGGAGCGUGUAGAAGCUCUUGAGAAGUAUUUCCAGAUAUCUCUCACCAAUGAAGAAAAGGAGGAUAUUCGCGGCUAUGUGUCAGAGCUCAGAGGCACUAUGCCAUAA